UGGAACACGUUACGCUAACUGCGUAUCCGCCGUAAAGUACGUAGUACACUGGCUAGCAGGCCCGCUGUCUUAGCUGCGAGCGCCCAAACACAGAGAAGAUGAACGCGCCGCCGGCCUUCGAGUCGUUUUUGUUGUUCGAGGGGGAGAAGAAGAUUACAAUAACCAAGGACACUAAGGUGCCAAAUGCCUGUUUGUUUACGUUGAACAAAGAAGACCACACACUGGGGAACAUCAUCAGAUCACAGCUGCUGAAGGACCCUCAGGUGCUGUUUGCAGGGUACAAGGUGCCCCAUCCACUGGAGCAUAAGGUUGUGAUUCGUGUGCAGACAACACCAGAUUACAGUCCUCAGGAAGCCUUUACAAAUGCCAUUACUGAUCUCAUCAGUGAGCUGUCACUGCUGGAGGAGAGGUUCAAGGUUGCCAUCAAAGACAGACAGGAAGGCAUCGAGUAAAGGCUGUUUCAAAAUGUGUAUGUCCAGUGAUGGCACCGACCUUAAAAUGAGGUUCUGAGAGCUUCACAAGCUUGUUUGGACUGAAUCAGUUAUGAGUGGCAUAGUCCCUCCUGUAUAAGUUUACAUCUGCUGCAUUUCAGCAUCAUUCAUUCUCCUCAUUUUGCCCCACAUUUAGGGUUGAGACUGCUGAAACUGUCUCUGUGACUUGCUGUUAGGUUUGAAUUUCGCUGGGUUAACAGCAUUUUGAUUAGGAAUUCUUUUGUACAGUGAUGUUACACAUUAAUUGCUACAUUUCUUGUAAAUGUAUAAUAGCAACAGUAAAAUGUUCCUUUGUAA